UUUGUCACCUGACUUAGUGCAGAGACAGCAGGAUAAUGAAUGUAACACAUGUUCAACAAGACAACGCAAAAAUGGGAUGUUUUGGAUUCCUCAAAGCCAUGAUGUUUGUUUUCAAUGGCAUCAUAUUUCUGGCAGGCGUUGGGAUCCUGGCUGUAGGGAUCUGGGUGAAGGUGGACAGUGGCUCAAUCCUCGGUUUCCUCGGGGCGAUUGAAAACGCGCCGCCAGAGCUCAGUCAGGUGCUCAACGUGGGCUACCUGUUGAUUGCACUCGGAGCGCUGCUGGUUGUGAUCGGCUUCCUCGGCUGCUGUGGAGCUGUUAAAGAAAGCAGGUGUAUGCUGCUGCUGUUUUUUAUCAUCGUCCUUCUGGUCUUCAUCGCGGAGGUUGCAGGAGCAGUGGUGAUCCUGGUGUUCAGACCUUUGGCCAACGAGCUGCUUCAAAAGCUCGGCACAGCAGCAGUUACGAACAUCAAGACAGACUAUGGGCGCAAUCCGGACGUCACAGGACUGUGGGACACGACGAUGAACACGUUAAAGUGCUGUGGAUUCUACAACCAUACAGACUUCACCGACUCGCCAUAUUAUGUCAACAACGCCAACCAGUACCCAUCACAGUGCUGUCCAGGCAGAAAUUCCACAUGUAGUCUGACAGUGGCUGAAAGUUUGCCGAUCGCCGGCUGCUUCCCAAAGAUCUUGGACCUGAUUGAUAGCAACACGGUGGUCAUUGUUGGAGUGGCACUGGGGAUUGCAGCUCUGGAGAUCUUUGCCAUGAUCGUCUCCAUGACCCUUUACUGCAGAAUAAAAUCCACAAGUGCCUAACAACCAAGAGAUUCCCCUCAUCCUGCAAAGAACGCCUCAUCACUGAAGACAGUUACUGUCUCAUCAUCAUGUGCAAUCACAGAUACUUAAUGGCAUAACAACUUAUAUUUUGUACGAUAUUUAAAUCCAGUAGAUGACGUAUACUAUACUUUAUACAGUAGACUACACACUGUGUGCUUGAACCACAGUCGACGGUAAUAAUUAGAAAUGACAUGAUAACUACUGAAUGUUCGUGUGUCGGGAGCCACUAUUCUGAGUGUUGCUUUAAUGCAGCUUUAAAAAAAAAAUAGCAACAGACGUGAUUUAUUGUUUGUAUGUAUGUUGUACUGUGAUCAAUUUUAAAAUAAAGUUUAAGAUAUUUCUA